AGCACUGAGCAGGGACGAGACAAACAACAACAUGAGUUGUCCUGUUCUUUUGCUCGGUGUGUUGGCUUUGUGUUUGACUUACAACUCAGCAAUACAAAUGGGUCUGAGCGAUAAAGUGCUGAUCUUCCCUUAUGAGACAGACUUCAGUUAUGUGGCCCUGAUCCCUCAGAAGGAGCUGGCUCUGAGGGCCUUCACUCUGUGCAUGCGUGUGGCCACAGAGCUGCCUGAGGAGAGGCAGAUCAUCCUGUUUGCCUACCGCACUCCAGACUAUGACGAGCUCAACGUGUGGCGCGAGAAGGACGGCCGCGUUUCCUUUUACAUGAGUGGUGAUGGAGCCUCCUUUCACCUGCCUCCUCUGGGCACUUUCCGCAUUAGUCUCUGUCUCACCUGGGAGUCCCGCACUGGCCUGGCGGCCUUCUGGUUUGAAGGUAAACGCAGCACAUACCAGGUGUACAAACCGGGCCACACCAUCCGACCCAAAGGCACUGUACUGCUGGGACAGGACCCUGACAAACACCUGGGGGCUCUAGAGGCCCAACAGAGCUUUGUGGGCGAGCUCACCGACCUCAACAUGUGGGACUAUGUCCUGUCUAGAAGUAUGAUCCAGGCCUGGCACUACCGGCACAAGAUUCCAAAGGGAAACAUCUUUGACUGGGCCUCCAUCAGCUACGACCUCAGCGGGAAUGUGAUGGUUGUAGACGAUGACUGACAGGAGCCUGUGUCCAGAGCAUGUGGAGACCAGGCUGUGCAGAUCUGUGGACGACUCAUUAUAAUAUGCUUUAUUGUCUUUGGCAAACUAUGCACUUCUUUACAAUAACUUCAGUCCAACGUGAAGGAAAAUGUGUUUAUAGAUACACUCAUUUUGUAAUUUCAUCAGUUAUUGCCUUUUGAAGAUAACCACUAUUUUAACCAAAGGUUGUGUAUGCAGACUGGAGAAAAGGGGAGAUUCACAAAGACAAUGAGCACAAACACUGCUGUGUGCAGCUGUGAAGCUCAGGGACAGAGCAGCAGCUUACCUGUGUCUCAGACAGUGCGCAGGACACUGCACAGUAUAAUUAGCUUUCACCAUUACUAAUAUUACUUACUUAAUUAAAUAAUUACAAAUGCCACUGGAGCAUUUUAAAAGCACAUAAAUUGACUAGAUAGUCAAUGAAAAUGUACCAAAUUUAUUAAAUGUAUUUAUUUAGGAAAACCUUAUUAUUAUUAAUCACAAUUGUAGUUCUAUUUUUAAGAAUGGCUUUAACUCAACUCUUUAAUCUAUUUGAAAUGAUGUAACAAUGCUUUUGGGUCUGAAAUAAAAUUAUGCAGUCUGAAUUAAAAAUGGUGUUUGUUAUUAGAGUAAAGUGCUCAUCUUUGAACUGUGGCCCUUCCCUUUUUAACAUAAUCAUCCCCCCAUGACACAUUUGGAAAUAAUAAUGUAAUUAAAUUCUCCUCAUUAUUUAAGCAUACAGAAUCGUAUCAC